GUUGUGAUUACCAUUGGUCCUUUUAUGAUGCAGCAUUAUUUCACCCAGGCAAGAAAGCUAGCUCAGGACUGCAGCCAAAUGGGAGGGAAACCUACUUGUUAUUGAUCACUAUCUGCACUCCUUUCUCUAUUCCUUUUUGGGGUCAAAGUAAGACAGUCUUGUUAAAAAAUCCUCAUGGGGACAGAAGCAUUUGAAGAUGAGGUAACUGAACUACACAUUUAUCUAACAGAUCCAUUCCUUGUUCUCUGACCUCUCAUUCAUUUUUUCUAGGCUACCAUUGUGUCUUUCAGGUCCCCUUUUCUCAGUUCCUUGUGCUAAUGCCCCUCAGUAGCCAGAGAUAGGAACAUUCUUGACUUUCUUCUGUCUGGACUGUCCCUCCCCGCAAAAAGUUUCUUUCAGAGUUAUCAGCUUCUCUUCCUGGUUGUUCCUGAAAAUUACUUCCUCUGCUGGAGACAGAAUGCCAGCUUUGUGCGGACAAGGCCUUCCCUGUAGCCCGAACCUCCAGGACAGUGCCUGACACUAUGAACGAAGUCAUAAGGAAGCGUCUCCUCAUUGAUGGGGAUGGUGCUGGAGAUGACCGCAGAAUUAAUCUGCUAGUGAAGAGUUUCAUUAAGUGGUGCAACUCUGGAUCCCAAGAAGAGGGAUACAGCCAGUACCAGCGCAUGCUGAGCACGCUGGCCCAGUGUGAGUUCUCCAUGGGCAAAACAUUGCUGGUGUACGACAUGAAUCUCAGGGAAAUGGAAAACUAUGAAAAAAUUUACAAAGAAAUAGAAUGCAGCAUUGCAGGAGCACAUGAAAAAAUUGCUGAGUGCAAAAAGCAGAUUCUUCAAGCAAAACGAAUACGAAAAAAUCGUCAAGAAUACGAUGCUUUGGCAAAGGUGAUCCAGCAUCACCCAGACAGGCAUGAGACCUUAAAGGAACUAGAGGCUCUGGGAAAAGAAUUGGAGCACCUUUCACAUAUCAAAGAAAGUGUGGAAGAUAAGCUGGAACUGAGACGGAAACAGUUUCACGUUCUUCUUAGCACCAUCCACGAACUUCAGCAGACACUGGAGAAUGAUGAAAAGCUCUCGGAAGUAGAAGAAGCUCAUGAAACAAGCAUAGAAGCGGAUGCUAAGCCGUAGCAGGUUAAUUGCUCACCAUUCCUGAGCAUAUUGAGAGAGCUACAUGAUCUUAGAGUAUUUAGGAUUUGUUGUGCUCUUGAGAUAUUUAAAGUUUGAGCAGUGAAUACUUUGCUUUUAAACAUUAAUGCUCAUUUCACUCAUAUCUCUUCACACAUAGGAAAAUGACUUCAGUGUAUAUUUGCUUUUAUUGAAACACAUUUUUUAUUGUUAAAAGACAGGAAACAACACUGAAAUAUGUUUAAUAAAAUGUGUUCAAAGCUGGAUGUUUGUGCUCCUUAGUAGUCCAGGUAGUUGGUAAGUGGUAGUGUCAAUUGCUUUAUAAAAUAAAAGAUUGUGAAAGGUGGCAUUUUUAGGAUAUACAUGAUGAAAUGAGUCAGUUUCUGGAAAUUAUCACCACUUUUGAAAAUAAAGUCCAUGCAUAGGCUUCAGGGUGGUCACAAGCCUGUGCAGUCGUGUGGGAAUGUUCAUGGUGGGGAAGUUUCCGGGUACAAGGACCACUGGUAUAAGAGGUAAUUACAAGACGCAGAGGAAACCCAUGGGCAUGGCUUUCCAUCUUUCUAUUUGGUACUUGAGGAAUAUGACUGUUAAAUGGCUUAUUGUCAUGCUUGCUUUCUGUAUCUGUAAUAAAAAGUACAUUAAUAACAUGAA